CUGUACUAGGCAAACUUCCUUCCUUCUUUUGGGAGCUGUGAGUUGAAGUAUCAGUGAGUCAGUCUCACUCUCACCAGUCAUGAAAGACCUGAAAUUUACAUACAGUCGUCGUCAGACAGACACAGUGGAAAGAAAACCAAUUGAUUCCCUCUCUGUAUUCACCCAUUCUGAGGUUAUGGAAAUGGAGAAUAUAUUCAAGGAGAGACCACAACAGUUACUUACUCAGGGGUUUUUCCAAAAUCUUGCAACAGAUUUCAGCUGCCAACCAAGCCGUCUUGGGAAAUCAAAUAUAACACAGCAACAGGUGGAAGAUUGGUUCCUGAGCAAACGAAAAGAGAUUCAAGCCGAGAUUCAAGCCAAAAGCACUAAAUCAUCUGGUGCCUUUGAUUGGGUUGUUGAAUCCCAUGAAGAUCUUUCAGAUAUGACUAUGUUCAGCAAUGCACCAGACAAUUCUCAUAAGGCAAAAGAUCAAUGCGUCACAGAUCUUUCAGAGUUGGCAUUUGAGGCAAAAUCAUCGAAAGAUGGUGCAUGGUAUGAUGUUGCUGCUUUCCUCACUUACAGAGUUGUCAGUUCAGGAGAACUAGAAGUUCGAGUUCGUUAUGCUGGAUUUGGUAGGGAGGAGGAUGAAUGGGUGAAUGUGAGAAGAGCAGUGCGUGACAGAUCUAUUCCUUUAGAAGAGUCCGAGUGUCAUAAGGUCAAGGUUGGGGAUCUUAUCCUAUGCUUCCAGGAACGCGAAGAUGAGGCUGUCUACUGUGAUGGGCAUGUUGAGGAAAUCCAGAGGAACCUACAUGACCAAACAGGCUGCCGGUGUAACUUUGUUGUUCGGUUCGACCAUGAUAAAAGCAAGGAACAAGUGUCGUUGGGAAGGAUAUGUUGCAGGCCUUCACAGUACACUUCUUCAGCCAUUGUUAAAUCCAAUCAGGACAUCACACCUAAGCUGGAAAUAAAUAGAGAUAAUAAGGACAUGAAGUUUACUUUUCUUUAUUGAAAUGUGGCACAACAAAAGAUCUUGAGAGUUCAAUCCUCAACAUCAGAGUACUUUUGCAAAGCA